CACCAGCCGCCGCCCAACUUGCAAACAGCUAGCGGAGCGACGGGCGGAGCACUGACCAGAAUUUUCAAGUGAAACAUUAUUUAACAUCAGAGAUUUGGCCUUCAGAUUUAAGAGCUUAACGAAAAUGGCAGACAGUUUUUCGCUUAAUGAUGCCUUAGCUGGCCCUGGAAACCCAAACCCUCAAGGAUGGCCCGGUGCAUGGGGGAACCAGCCUGGGGCAGGGGGCUACCCAGGGGCUGCCUAUCCUGGGGCCUACCCAGGACAGGGUCCUCCAGGGGCGUAUCCUGGGCAGACUCCUCCUAGUGCCUACCCUGGCCCAACUGCCCCUGGAGCUUACCCUGGCCCAACUGCCCCAGGAGCUUUCCCCGGACCUCCUGCCCCUGGGGCCUUGCCAGGGCAGCCUGGAGGACCCGGAGCCUACCCGAGUGCUCCCGGGGCCUAUCCUGCUGCUGGCCCCUAUGGUGCCCCCACUGGAUCACUGACCGUGCCCUAUCACCUGCCCUUGCCUGGAGGAGUCACACCCCGCAUGCUGAUCACCAUCAUGGGCACAGUGAAACCCAACGCAAACAAGAUUACUCUAAAUUUCAAGAAAGGGGAUGACGUUGCCUUCCACUUUAACCCCCGCUUCAAUGAGAACAACAAGAGGGUCAUUGUGUGCAACACCAAAGAGCAUAACAACUGGGGCCGGGAGGAAAGACAGUCAACUUUCCCAUUUCAGAGUGGCCAACCAUUCAAAAUCCAAGUGCUGGUUGAACCUGACCAUUUCAAGGUUGCAGUCAACGAUGCUCACCUGCUGCAGUACAACCAUCGGAUGAAAAAUCUCAGGGAAAUCAACCAAGUGGAAGUUUCUGGUGACGUAACCCUUACCAGUGUUUCACCCACCAUGAUCUAAUCCAGGAGGGGCAUCGUGCAAAGCCGGAGUUAAAUGUUACGCAUUUAAGGCUCCGUGCUCAUUAAGAGUGGAAAACUUUACAUUUAUUCCUUUUUAUCCUUCUUGUAAGGCAUCCAUUUAAUAAAUAUUUUCGUGCUGAUGGA